AUGACCACCACCUCACUCACACCGUACCUCGGCGAGGGCCUUCUGAAUGUUGGCGACUUUUUCGCAUUCCAAUCCAUCCUCCACCCGGUCGCCAUUGGCUCUAUAGCCAUUCUAUCAUGGAUUGGCUGCAAGUGGCCGAGUGCUGGGAUCUUAUUCACCAAAUCGCCCCUGGUGGUUGCUUUCCGUGGUCACCUCCUCGAGGGCCUGAUGCGGAAACACCGGAUCACCCAGGUGGACCUGUAUGGCUCCUUACGUGCCGCAGGGAUUUUCAACAUCUGCGAGGUGGAGUGCGUGGUCGUGGAGCCGACGGGUGUCUUUUCUAUCUACCGUACGAGAGACCUACCAACGAAAUAUGUACGUCUGGAUAUGAUUGACAUCUGGCGUCAGAUAUGGGCCCCCGCUGACUCUUGCAAGGAUGCUGAGGUACUCUUGAGCAUCAAAGGCUAUCGCGAGCUGGUUAAAGCAGACGAGGAGGAGAAGAAGAAACAAAAAGAGGAGGGCAUGAACGUGGGAGACUCGCCUUCAGCCACCAACAGGCCAAAGCGAGUCUUCUCGGAUACGGACGGAAAGCCGGUCGACUCGUAUGGUCAGAUCAAGGACAAGCACGGCGAGACGAAAGAGGAUAAGAUAGCGGAUAAGGCGGCUUGA